AUGAUUUUUAAUCGAAGAAUUUGUAAAGUUAUAUUUCAUCCAACUCCUCGUUUUUGUUUCUUUUAACCUCCAUAGUUUGAUAUUAACAAGGAUUAUUACAAAAUCUUAAAUUCAUAACCUACAGAUCAGGAACAAAAGAUAAAACUAGAAUAUUAUAAAUUAGCAAAAAAAUACCAUCCCGAUGUAAAUUAAGGAAAUGAAGAGAAAUUUAAAUAAAUCAAUGAAGCAUGGAAUGUUCUAUCUGAUAAAGAUAAAAAAUAAUAAUAUGAUUCUGCAAGAUCCUAUACAAAUAACAAUAAUGAAACAAAUAAUAAAACCAACCAAGAACAAAGACAGCAAUAAAAUCAUGAGGAUUUUUUCAAUUAAAAAGGUUCAAACGGGUUUUAUUAAUAAUAUUCAUAAAAAAGCAGCAACAAUUCCUAAUAAUUUUCCAAAAGAUAAAUGGAUGAGAUGUAAAAAUAAGCUUAAGAAUAUAUGAAUAUGUUUUAAAAUGGAUAAUUCUCACAAAUGUCUCAAGCAUUUCGAUAAGCCACAAAAGGAGAUCCUAAAUUUAAUAGGAUCAAUGCAUUUAUGAAUCUUGCUGAAAUGGCAGGUAAAUUUUAUUCAGAAAGAUAAAGGUCAAAUAUGUAAAAUGAAAAAAAUAGAUAACAAAAUGUAUCAUCUUUUUAAGAUAAAGAAGAUUAGCUCAAAGAUUCCUUAAAAAAUAUAAAAAACGGUAUUAAAGGGUUAUGGGAUUAAUUUACUAAGAAAUGA